UCGCUAGCUAGCUCUGAGGAAACGUUAAAUGAACUUUGGUUCCUUCAUAUUUCUUUUUUAAUCAUCAUAAUACCAAUUGACAGAUUGUGUCGUUUUGCUGACCUUCUUCGUAACUAUUUUAGUUUUAUUUAAAAAGAUGUGGUUUAUUUAUUUGCUCAGCUGGUUAUCGCUGGUGAUACAAAUAGCCUUUGUUACUCUCGCUAUUGCUGCUGGUCUCUAUUACUUGGCAGAGUUAAUAGAAGAGUACACAGUUGCCACCAGUCGCAUCAUAAAAUACAUGAUAUUGUUCUCUACAGGUGUGUUGGUGGGGCUUUACCUGUUUGAGGGCUUCCCUGUGCUCAUGGUUGGAGUUGGUCUCUUCACUAACCUUGUCUACUUUGGCCUGCUGCAAACCUUCCCCUACAUAAUGCUCAGCUCGCCAAACUUCAUCCUGUCGUGCAUACUGGUGGUGACAAAUCAUUAUAUGGCCUUCCAGUACUUUGCAGAGGAGUACUAUGCCUUCUCUGAGGUCCUGGCUUACUUCACAAUUUGCUUGUGGGUGAUACCAUUCUCUUUCUUUGUAUCACUUUCUGCUGGGGAGAAUGUACUUCCAUCUACUAUGCAGCAAGGAGAUGAUGUGGUGUCAAACUAUUUCACUAAAGGGAAGAGGGGCAAGCGCUCGGGAAUCCUCCUCAUCUUCUCCUUUCUAAAAGAGGCCAUUUUGCCAAGCCGACAGAAAAUGUACUGACGCACCAACAGAAGUGGGUGGAGGCCUGGUGGACGGUGAGAGAUGGAAGGUAGUGCUGCAUCCAACUGUCCCCAUGGAAGGUGCAUGGGAGGGGGAUGUCUUUAGAGGCUGCUGCACAGAUGAAAGACUAAAGAGGUGACCAUGGUAGAAGACUACGUGCCAUCCACCCUGCCACGGACAAUACAAGCUCUUCACCUGAACUUGCACGUCUGUCUCUCUGUUUGCCCAUCUGACUGUUAAUCUGCAGCGAGUGCAACCAACUACCAUCAGGGUCCCUCAGCCUUGGAGUGAUUUCAGGCUCUGGUUUUCCUCACAAGGGUUAAGCCUGGUCCUGGACUAAAAUUAAACCAUUAGUUGGGAUUCUCCAUUUUAGUCUAGACCUAGACUGGGUUUAAUCUGUGUCUGAAAACCUGUCCCAGAAAGUCAUGAAUUUUCAAAGUCUUAAAUAAUAGACAUUUGAUGUGCAUGUGUUUAGUUGGAUAAUUGAUGGUGUGGGUUUUUCUGCAAAAUUUAAUCACAGCAGUACUGUAAGUAGGAGAUGUGGAUGAUUCUCAUGUCAUUGUAUUACAUUAUGCACACAUUCUGUGUUUGUGCAGCUGUGGAAUGAAGGAAUGUUUGGGAUUUCAUGAGCAUUUUAACUGUCAUAUAACAUUCAUCAAUGCCAUACUUUUCCAUCCUGCUUUUUUCAUUUAUGUCCUAUAAAGAACAAACGUGUGAUUAUAAGUGUAGGUAUGAGUACCUGUAGGAUUGAUGAAACAUCUGUUUACAUCAGGGACUAGACACUAAUGCUUGGAGAUGCUUGAUCUAUAUGGGCACAGGUGUAAGAAGAGCUGUGGUUGGCUUCACAAUGUUCUAUAUAAUAUGAGAGUGCUGAGUGCUGCUCUUCCUAUUUUAAUUUUUUAAUCAAUGAAAUUGACAGCUCUGUCCAGCAUUUUUUCACACAAGCAGUUAAUGUACAUUUCUAAUAAAAUGAGUUAAAUUGUUA